AUGAUAGCUUUCAUGAACAUCGCCUUUCUAGUUGCCCUGUUCCUACUCAACUCAGAUCGCAUUCAGAAAGCCAUUGAGAUAUGCAGCGAAUGUUUGAUUUUGCUAAAUAACACCGAUCAAAACAGCAAAGACCAAUUUAAUACACUACUGCUACAAUUUUACAGCGCCUUCAAUUUACUUCUUUUCAACGCUUAUCGUCGUAUCUCUGACUACAUAAGUGCGGAAAGAUACGGCAGGAAACUGCUUGUCUUAUACAGCGAGUCUGGUGACUUAGAAAGGGAAGGAGAUGUAAGCUUAGCUCUUGCAGAGAUUGUUGAGAGUCAAAACAGGUUAACAGAUGCCAAACAACUUUACGAAAAAGCAGUUAAUAUCAAGAGACUAGCUGGUGAACAAGUUGGCGAAGCAAGCGCCUGCGCAAGAUUCGGAAUUAUGCUUUAUAAACUUGGCGAGAACCUAAAAGCGAAGGAGCAUGUUGAGAGAGCCCUUGCCAUAGCAACCGAAAUUGGCGACAAAGAAGGAGAAGCAUCCUGUUGCGAAAACCUAGGAGCGUUGCUUCAGUUACUCGGGGAAUGCGACAAAGCUAAACAGUAUCUCAAAAAAGCGCUUCUCAUCAGAACGGAAAUUGGCGACAGAAAAGGAGAGGCAACUGACUACGGAAACCUAGGAACUGUGUUUCAGUCGCUCGGGCAAUACGACAAGGCUAAAGAGUAUCUCCAAAAAGCGCUUAUCAUCAGAACUGAAAUUGGCGACAGGGAAGGAGAGGCAACUGACUACGGAAACCUAGGAACUGUGUUUCAGUCGCUCGGGCAAUACGACAAUGCUCUAGAGUAUCUCCAAAAAGCGCUUAUCAUCAGAACUGAAAUUGGCGACAGGGAAGGAGAGGCAACUCACUACGGAAACCUAGGAACUGUGUUUCAUUCUCUCGGGCAAUACGAUAAGGCUGUAGAGUAUCUCCAAAAAGCGCUCGCCAUCAAAUCUAAAAUUGGCGACAAAAGAGGAGAAUCAUCAUGUUAUGGAAACCUAGGAACUGUGUUUCAGUCGCUCGGGCAAUACGACAAGGCUAAAGAGUAUCUCCAAAAAGCGCUUAUCAUCAGAACUGAAAUUGGCGACAGGGAAGGAGAGGCAACUCACUACGGAAACCUAGGAACUGUGUUUCAGUCGCUCGGGCAAUACGACAAUGCUCUAGAGUAUCUCCAAAAAGCACUUAUCAUCAGAACUGAAAUUGGCGACAGGGAAGGAGAGGCAACUCACUACGGAAACCUAGGAACUGUGUUUCAUUCUCUCGGGCAAUACGACAAGGCUGUAGAGUAUCUCCAAAAAGCGCUCGCCAUCAAAUCUAAAAUUGGCGACAAAAGAGGAGAAUCAUCAUGUUAUGGAAACCUAGGAACUGUGUUUCAGACGCUCGGGCAAUACGACAAGGCUAAAGAGUAUCUCCAAAAAGCGCUUGUCAUCAAAUCUGAAAUUGGCGACAGAAGAGGAGAAGCAUCAUAUUAUGGAAACCUAGGAACUGUGUUUCAGUCGCUCGGGCAAUACGACAAUGCUCGAGAGUAUCUCCAAAAAGCGCUUGUUAUCAGAACUGAAAUUGGCGACAGAGAAGGAGAGGCAACUGACUACGGAAACCUAGGAACUGUGUUUCAUUCUCUAGGGCAAUACGACAAGGCUGUAGAGUAUCUCCAAAAAGCGCUCGCCAUCAAAUCUAAAAUUGGCGACAGAAGAGGAGAAGCAUCAUGUUAUGGAAACCUAGGAACUGUGUUUCAGUCGCUCGGGCAAUACGACAAUGCUAAAGAGUAUCUCAAAAAAGCGCUCGCCAUCAAAUCUAAAAUUGGCGACAGAAGAGGAGAAGCAUCAUGUUGUGGAAACCUAGGAACUGUGUUUCAGUCGCUCGGGCAAUACGACAAUGCUCUAGAGUAUCUCCAAAAAGCACUUAUCAUCAGAACUGAAAUUGGCGACAGGGAAGGAGAGGCAACUCACUACGGAAACCUAGGAACUGUGUUUCAUUCUCUCGGGCAAUACGACAAGGCUGUAGAGUAUCUCCAAAAAGCGCUCGCCAUCAAAUCUAAAAUUGGCGACAAAAGAGGAGAAGCAUCAUGUUAUGGAAACCUAGGAACUGUGUUUCAGUCGCUCGGGCAAUACGACAAUGCUCUAGAGUAUCUCCAAAAAGCCCUUAUCAUCAGAACUGAAAUUGGCGACAGGGAAGGAGAGGCAACUCACUACGGAAACCUAGGAACUGUGUUUCAUUCUCUCGGGCAAUACGACAAGGCUAAAGAGUAUCUCCAAAAAGCGCUCGCCAUCAAAUCUAAAAUUGGCGACAAAAGAGGAGAAGCAUCAUGUUAUGGAAACCUAGGAACUGUGUUUCAGACGCUCGGGCAAUACGACAAUGCUCGAGAGUAUCUCGAAAAAGCGCUUGUUAUCAGAACUGAAAUUGGCGACAGAGAAGGAGAGGCAACUGACUACGGAAACCUAGGAACUGUGUUUCAUUCUCUCGGGCAAUACGACAAGGCUGUAGAGUAUCUCCAAAAAGCGCUUGUCAUCAAAUCUGAAAUUGGCGACAGAAGAGGAGAAGCAUCAUGUUAUGGAAACCUAGGAACUGUGUUUCAGUCGCUCGGGCAAUACGACAAUGCUCGAGAGUAUCUCGAAAAAGCGCUUGUUAUCAGAACUGAAAUUGGCGACAGAGAAGGAGAGGCAACUGACUACGGAAACCUAGGAACUGUGUUUCAUUCUCUCGGGCAAUACGACAAGGCUAAAGAGUAUCUCCAAAAAGCGCUCGCCAUCAAAUCUAAAAUUGGCGACAGAAGAGGAGAAGCAUCAUGUUAUGGAAACCUAGGAACUGUGUUCCAGUCGCUCGGGCAAUACGACAAUGCUAGAGAGUAUCUCCAAAAAGCGCUUGUUAUCAGAACUGAAAUUGGCGACAGGGAAGGAGAGGCAACUGACUACGGAAACCUAGGAACUGUGUUUCAGUCGCUCGGGCAAUACGACAAGGCUGUAGAGUAUCUCCAAAAAGCGCUUAUCAUCAGAACUGAAAUUGGCGACAGAAGAGGAGAAGCAUCAUGUUAUGGAAACCUAGGAACUGUGUUUCAGUCGCUCGGGCAAUACGACAAUGCUCGAGAGUAUCUCGAAAAAGCGCUUGUUAUCAGAACUGAAAUUGGCGACAGAGAAGGAGAGGCAACUGACUACGGAAACCUAGGAACUGUGUUUCAUUCUCUCGGGCAAUACGACAAGGCUAAAGAGUAUCUCCAAAAAGCGCUCGCCAUCAAAUCUAAAAUUGGCGACAGAAGAGGAGAAGCAUCAUGUUAUGGAAACCUAGGAACUGUGUUCCAGUCGCUCGGGCAAUACGACAAUGCUAGAGAGUAUCUCCAAAAAGCGCUUGUUAUCAGAACUGAAAUUGGCGACAGGGAAGGAGAGGCAACUGACUACGGAAACCUAGGAACUGUGUUUCAGUCGCUCGGGCAAUACGACAAGGCUGUAGAGUAUCUCCAAAAAGCGCUUAUCUUCAGAACUGAAAUUGGCGACAGAAGAGGAGAAGCAUCAUGUUAUGGAAACCUAGGAACUGUGUUUCACUCUCUUGGGCAGUAUGACAAGGCUAAAGAACAUCUCCACAAAGCGCUCGUUAGCAGAACUGAAAUUGGUGAUAAGGAAGGGGAGGCAGCAGAUCUUGCAAACCUUGCAGUUGUGUCUAGAACUGUUGGAGAUUAUGAAGCUUCGGAAGUAUGCUUGGAGAAAGCUUUAUCCAUAUCUAGAGAUAUUGGAGACAGAAGAAAAAAGUUCCAAAUCCUUCAAGAGCACGCUAUUUUGUAUUUGUUUCAAAAUAAAAUCAAAGACUCCCUUUCGUGUCUUCACCUGUGCAUUGAAAAGUAUGAGGAGCUGAGAUCUUUCUUGGGCGCCAAUGAUCAGUUCAAAACAUCAUUUCUGGAGGACUCAGGAACAUUUACCCACAAGCUGCUUUGUAAGUUGCUUUGUGCCACCGGAAAUUCUCGGGAUGCUCUUUACGUUGAGGAGUUGGUUCGAGCUAGAGGCCUAUCAGACUUGAUGGCAGAGAAGUACUCGGUUGAAACGCACAUCUCUGCUAAUCCACAAUCUUGGUUUGGCAUUGAAGACAUCUCCAGAAAGGAAGAUAACUGUACUUGUCUGUACAUUUCUUACUUUCAAAAUGAUUUGCAUUUGUGGAUCUUGAAAACAAGUGGAGUCCUUCACUUUAAAAGAAUAUCUGUGGAAGAGAAUCUAGUUCAGGCUGGGUUGCCCAAAGAUUUGCCUUUAAGUAAAUGUUUGGCAGAUUGUUUGCAACCUCUCUCCCCCGGGCAAAAGAGCUCAGCAAGAUUGCGACUCGUGGAGGAACUGGAGGACGAGAACGAAGGAGUCAUUUCAAGUCUAUCUUUGUGUUACAAAAUGUUUAUUGCCCCCGUUUAUGAUUUGCUUGAGGAGCCUGAAGUCAUAAUCGUCCCUGACCGCUGUUUGUACCAAGUUCCGUUUGCUGCUCUCCGUGAAAAGGAGGGGACCGAAUACCUGUCGGAGACUCAUAGGAUCCGUGUCAUUCCUUCUUUGACAACACUCAAGAUCAUUCAAGAUAGUCCAGAGGAUUAUCACAGCAACACUGGUGCCUUGGUAAUAGGCAAUCCCAAGGUUGAUUGGCUGCUGCCAUUGCCAGGUGCAAGAAAGGAAGCGGAGAUGGUCGGACGAUUGGUGGGUGUUCCGCCUCUGGUAGACGAGAAAGCAACGAAGCAGGCCGUGCUUGAGCGGAUAAGUUCAGUGAGCCUGAUACAUUUUGCUGCCCAUUGUAACGCCGAGAGGGGAGAAAUUGCCCUCUCUCCCAUUCCUGCUCCUAACGGUCGAAACGCUAUCCUACCACAGGAAGCUUACAUGUUGACGAUGGCUGAUGUCUCACGAGUAAAAAUCAGAGCUAAACUGGUGGUACUUAGCUGCUCUCACAGUGGAAGUGGAGAGAUAAGAGCCGAGGGAGUUAUUGGAAUUGCCCGUGCGUUCUUAGGAUCAGGUGCUCGCUCUGUGUUGGUUGCGCUGUGGACCAUUUCAGACUCAGCAACAGAGCAGCUGAUGAGUCGGUUCUACAAACACCUUGUUGAAGGAGAAAGUGCCGGUGAAUCCCUUCAUCAGGCCAUGAAGUGGAUGAGAAAAAACGGCUUUACCAAAGUGUCUGAGUGGGCUUCGUUUACGCUGAUUGGAGAUGAUGUGAGGCUCGAGUUUGGCAAGCAGAGGUAA